AUGUACGCAUACGCAAGUAGCAUACACUCAUUCCAACGACGGAUCUCAGAGCACCAGAAAAAGAGAUGGCAGGAAGAACAGAAAUUCGCCGCCUGGUCGGGUCCUACUUCAGAGGUCCUGUACACCGGCAUCACCGCUAAAAAGGUCGACGAACAGAGUAUUCACCUUGUAAUCGCCGUCCGAGACGCAGUCUACCCGCUGGACUUUCUUGAACAUCGAUUCCAUAUCCCCGGGAAGAACCUCGAUGCCAACAUCACGGAUUUUAUCCUCGAGCAGCUCCGGAACUAUAGCCUAGAUCAUGCGGAAAAGUUCAUCGGUACAUGUCUUCCGGCGGAGUUGACAGAAAUGUGUCCCCGACUGGCCUCCCGGCUAUGGCUAGAGCUCGAUGUGAUGCCGCUGGUGCCGCAGCAUGACGCGCUGGGCGGUCGCUACGAGCAGGAAAUUCCAUGGCAGACACGGGAUGCAGAUGAGCAAGCGGAGUAUCUGGCCAUGAAAUGCGUGAGAUUAUUCGGACCGAAUAAUAUACCACUCCUGCAAGUUGGAUUCCGCGGUCUAGUCGAAGUGGACUCUGGAUUCAUGAUGCAUCUGGCAACGCUCGACGAUUACAAAGGCACAGUUAGCGAGAGAACAUGGAUGGCGCUUGAACGGCUUGCAGCACCGGUUCGAGAGCAGAGAAUCCGAAUUGCCCUCUUCAGCGCAACACCCCAGGGAGGCGGAGUCGCCCUCAUCCGCCAUGCCUUCCUUCGACUGAGCAAGCUCCUGAACCUGGACGUGCAAUGGUACGUGCCACAACCGCGAUCCGGUGUCUUCCGUAUCACCAAGAUGAACCACAAUAUCUUCCAAGGCGUCGCAAAACCCAACGACUAUCUGACCGCAGAGAAUGAGGAACAACUUAGACGAUGGGUAGGCGUCAACAGCAAACGUUCCUGGUCCUGUCCUGGCGGACCUCUCGACCAUCCGUCCAACGGCGGAGCACAUAUCGUCGUGGUAGACGACCCGCAACUGCCAGAUCUGAUCCCUAUUGCGAAGGAAAAGGCACCAGACCGGCCGGUGAUCUUUCGCAGCCACAUCCAGAUCCGAGUCGAUUUGGCGUGCACGCCUGGGACACCUCAGGCCAGAUCAUGGGACUGGCUAUGGCACCGUGCGCAGCAAGCCGAUGUGUUUAUCAGCCAUCCCAUUCCAGACUCCGUGCCGACUACCGUGCCGAACGCGAUGAUCGGCCACUCUCCCGCCUCGACGGACGUGUUGGACGGACUCAAUAAGGAAAUGAUCGAUUCGGAUGUCGCAUACUACGGCCGGCUGUUCAACCAGUGGUGCCACGAGUCAGGAAUGCCAACGAUCGAUUACCCAGCUGACGAGUACUUUGUGCAAAUCGCCCGGUUUGACCCGUCGAAGGGAAUAAUCGAUGUCUUGGACUCGUAUCACAAGUUCCACACGCGUCUGACAAAGGCUAAGCCUGACAGUAAGAUCCCGAAACUAGUCAUCUGCGGACAUGGGUCUGUCGACGAUCCAGAUGCAAGUGAAAUGUUCGACAAGUCCAUGGAUCAUAUUCAUAAAGCAAUGCCUCAUCUCGCCGAUAAGAUCGCCGUUGUUCGUGCGAAGCCAUCUGACCAGGUCCUGAACGCCAUUCUUUCCAAGUCAAAAGUUGUUCUUCAGCUCUCCACCCAGGAAGGCUUUGAAAUCAAGGUGUCGGAAGCACUCCGCAAAGGCAAACCCGUGAUUGUUACGGACGUUGGUGGCUUGCCGUAUCAGGUUAUCGAUAAAGAGACAGGAUUUAUUGUCAAAGCAAGGGACACAGACCGAGUCGCAGAAUGCCUCUAUCAUUUGUGGACCGACGCAGACUUGUAUCGGCGAAUGCAGGAAAAAGCUCCUAGCUCGGUCAGCGACAAUGUAACGACGGUUGGUCUGGUCAGCUCGUGGCUGUAUAUGAUUCGGAAACUCCUUGCGGACCAUUCAUGGAAACCUGGGAAUCGACUACUAUUCGAUCUGAUGCUCGAAGAUUUAGGCCUAGCAUCAAUUCACACUUGA